UUUCACUUUCGUUUCGGGAAAAAAAAAAGAGUUGGGUUGGGAGAAAACAACUUCCGCAAGACCGCAGAAAAAGUCGACAAGCUCGCGCCGAGAUGACAGCAAAAGUGGCAAAUUUUAUCAUCCAGACUUUAUGUGACGACCAAGGCAGUUUGGACUUUGGAGUCCUGACUCGGAAACUGGAACAAAACUUUCUUGUUUCGCCGUCAAUUCUUCAACAGGUUUUUAGGGAUGAAGCCAGGAUUGCAGUGCAAAACGGCGUCCUUGCCGUCGCUGUUGGUCAAAUAUUAAGCCAAGACAGCGUGAUUGUGGCCAAAACUUCGCUACGGAUCUGCUCGAAGAAACCUGGCGGGUGUACUCAAUGUGAGAGUUUGCACCUAUGCAAGUUUUAUGUUUUGGGGACCUGCGUGUUUGGAGCUAAGUGUAAACAACCACACCUUUUGACUUGGCCACACAAUGCAGAACUGUUGAGGAAAUUUGACUUGCAACACCUUUCAGAAAAACAACUGUUCCAGCUGUUAAUACAGAAUGACCCUUACCUUCUUCCUGAGAUAUGCUCAUACUACAAUAUGGGCGAGGGUGAAAGCGGUUUGUGCAAAUUCACUUCUGGGUGCCUCAAGCUUCACAUCUGCAAGGCCCAUUUCACCACAGGAGUCUGUAAACAAGGCUCGUCGUGUUCCAGAAACCACGGUUUUGAUGCAAUGACGCACAAGAGUUUUGAAAAAUUCAGUCCAGAGAUGAUCAAGAGUCUUCCAAAAGUCUACAAAAAUAAAUACAUCAUCGAGAAUCAUUGGAACGGCCCUGCUGCUGCUGGUGCUGCUGCUGCUGCUGCUCCUGUUUCAGUGGUGAGACGUCCCGCUGGGUCAAUGGGUGCAACUAAGCCAGUGAGUGAUUCUGACACAAAAGAAAUCUGCCUAUACUUCAUCAAAAAAUUCUGCGCCUAUAAAGAGAAAUGUGUUCGUGUCCACUGGAGCUUACCUUACAGAUGGCAGGUUUUGGACAAGGACGGCUUGACCUGGAAAGACUUGACUGACAUGGAGGAGAUUGAAAAGGCCUACUGUGACCCAGCAAAAGACUCAAGCUCCGCAGGCCAGCCCUUGAGUUUAACCGGGUUUAUAAGAUUAAAAAUCUUUGACUUUGCAGGCCAGUCUCAGGCAAGCGAAGUUGACUUCACGUCGAUGACUUGCAACGGCUCUCCCGUGCGUCGCCUGUCCACAGCCUCCUCUGUGAUGAAGGCCCGUCACUUCAUUCUGACAACACAGUGGCUCUGGUACUGGCAGGAAGACAUCGGCAAAUGGCAUGAGUUUGGUCAGAGCCAGGUUAACAUGCCGACAGCUCUCACGUCUGAAGCGCUGGAGAAUGCUUACUUGGUAGACCAGAAGACGCAAAUACCUUUCACGAUGGGCAAACAUCAGUAUGAGCUCUACUUCAAAAAUGAAGCGGGAACUCCACUGAUGUAUCAGCAAAAUAUAAAAUAUUCCACCAAGCGAGAGGUCCGAAGAAGGCCUCGCUUUGUGUCCUCCAAUGAAGUGGAGGUCAUGCGGAACAGCCCCAGAGUUGUCACAGCGGAAUGCCCUCCCCAUUGGGACAAGACUGCCCUGCCUGACAUUGGAUACAAGUUCGUGCUUCUUCCCAAAUCUACAGAGUACAACAGGAUUGAAACUUUGUUCAAAGCAACGAUGCCAAAGAGUAGGAUCCAGAGUGUCAAGAGGAUCCAGAACCCUUCUCUGUGGACACGCUUUCAGUUGCAGAGAGAGCAAAUGAAGAAGAGGAAUGGCGGGAAACCUGUGAUUGAGGAGUACUUGUUCCACGGGACAAACGAGAACUUGAUCGAAGCCAUCUGUGAACAAAACUUUGACUGGAGGAUGAACGGCAGCAACGGCACCGCCUUCGGCAAAGGGAGCUACUUUGCCAAACAGGCUUCUUAUUCCAACCGAUAUGCCACAGCCAGCAGUUCGAACAAAAGUAUGUUUGUGGCCCUGGUCUUGGUAGGCGACUCCAUCAAGGGAAGCAGCCAGUAUGCCCGUCCACCAGCCAAAAGUGGAAGCACAACCCUUUAUGACAGCUGUGUUGAUGAUGUGAAAAACCCCAACAUUUUUGUCAUCUUUGAAAGUCAUCAAAUCUAUCCUGAGUACAUUAUUAACUACUCUGAGUAGCAGUAGCAGUUGUUGCUUAAAGUUUGAUAAGGGGUUUUCGAGAACUUUGCUUAUCACAUGAUCAUUGUUUGGAACAGUUGGUCAAAGUAACAAAUGAAAAAUAUUCAAGAUUAA